AUGCCCCUCAUGAUGCCCCGUCUUCAUCCUGCCUCCCUCGUCCCCGCCUCAACCCACCACCCAGACCUGCUCGACCUCCUCCGUCGCCCCGUCACACGCGACAUGAUCGCCUACAUCGCCGAGCAGGCAGUUGCCGUCAUAGGCGUCGAUGACGGCUCAGACACGGAGACGCCGGACCCCCUGCGCGCCGCUGCAUCGGCGCUUCCCACCCCGCCCGCAACCCCGAUAAAGGGCGCGUUUGACACGCAGAACCAGUACCAGCGAGAGGCACGAGAGGAGAAGGACGGCCUGCCCUCUCUCGAGGCAUUCAUCACCCGCCUGUGCGAGUACUCCAAUGUACAGGCCCCUACCCUCCUCUGCACCUUGCUCUACCUUCAUAGGCUCAAAGCCAAGCUUCCCGUCAUGGCAAAAGGCAUACCGUGCACCCGUCAUCGCGUCUUCCUCGCAACGCUCAUCGUCGCUGCAAAGUACUUGAACGACUCGUCUCCCAAGAACAAGCACUGGACGCGCUACACCGAAACGCUCUUCUGCAACGCCGAAGUCAACCUCAUGGAGAAGCAGCUCCUAAUGCUUCUGAAUUUUGAGCUCCGCUUCACCGAGGCAGAGCUCAUCGAGCACUGCAAGCCGUUCAUGCCUGGCUCCCCGCGCGUCAAGGAGCAGAGAUCAGAGGCAGUCAGCCGCGUCGCCCGCGCUACGGCUGCUCGUUCUCCCGGUCGGAAGACGCAGCCUCAGAUGCCCCCAACUCCGCCGCAUGAGAACCCGAGCACGUCGACGUCCCUCCGCGCUCUUGCUGCCAGGCUAUCCAACGCGCAUAUAUCGACCGCGAACGUGUCCCAGAUCCCUGCGCAGACACCUGAUACGUUAACGUCGUCCGUCAGCAGCGAGCGCCGUCCACCGCUCUACACUUCCUCGACGUCGUCCUCUGCUGUGUCGCUCCUCACCACGGACACGCACUCGUCCGCAUCGUCCGUCUCCCUGUCGCCUUCUGAGGUCGACCAGUAUAGCACGGAGUGCUUCUUCCCCGAUGUCACUUCCAAGCACGAAAGGAGCACCACAGCAAAGGGCAGGACGUUCAUCUUGCGGUCCCUUCCUUCUGCACCUCUCAACGACUGCAAGGAUAAGGAUGUCAUGACGAACGUCGACGACCGCAAGCGCACCGUGUCCGCGGCACUGACUAUCGUGCCUUCGACCCCGCCUUCGCCUACCCCGGCAGCCAAGUACCGCAAGUCGGUGCGUCCCAGCACGGGGAAGAGCUACCCCGAGGGUCUCUCUGCUAGCGGCGCGAGCAUGCCCAGCAUCGCUUGCCAUGCUCGCGAGAGCAUGUCCACCCGUUGGUUGAGGAUGCUCAGCUUGGGCAAGGCGAAGCAGACGGCUGAGGUGUCUGAGGCAUGACCGACAACCAACACGUGCACGCGACAUCGGCCGGCGAACUGAACAGCACGGCUUGUAAAUAUGCCAUUUUUCUUGUACAUAAACCCUUGGGAAACUUGCGAGUCUUGGUCACUUGGUGCAACUGCUCUCUCUCCUUUCUGCUCUCUCUUUAUCAUCCUGCUUUCUUUUGCACGAUCUUCUUGCACAUACUACGGUCGGAUGCACUCCUUCCUUCCAUCUCCCUCUCAUCUCCAUGCCCCGCACGCUAGACUCCCCUAUUCCCUCACCACCCGCUGUACAUAGUUCCCCCCGUCUU